AUCUUGAAUGAGAUAAGGAAAGAGAUGAGGUUACUUUUCCUUAUUUUUGUGAUAGCCUGGUUUCAUCCAUCGGUUUAUUCAGCUCCGUUUGACGUUCGCAUUGGAAGAGGGCUUGCACUAAGACUUCAUAGAAGGCAGGUUGCAUAUCAAGGAUAUCCAGGUUAUCCAGAGUACACGUCUACCACGUCACAACAGACAUUCAACCAGAAUGUUGCAACACAGCAGACAGGCGUCACAUCUUCACAAACCUUGAGCUCAGCUGAUUUGAACGGCAGUCCCGGAGCGACGGUUGCCUCAACUCCGACAACGCAGACAGGACAACAGCAACUAGCAACCCAAACUGGUGCUCGGGUUGUCCCAGUUCAGAACAUCUAUCACACUUCCUAUUCUUCUUUGUCAGCUGCUGAAAAUUCAUAUCUUAAAAACAGCUCUUCUGCGCAAGAUGUGACACAAUCAUCAGGAAAUUCAUACAAAAACAGUUCAGCAGCUCCAGUUGCCACAAAUUCAACCCUUGGCGACAGUUACCCUGUAUACUAUGUGUCAAGCUAUCAAGAGCCAACUAUACAGCGGCCGAUUUCACAACCUACAUCAAAUGCAACGACAAAUCCGCCUUCUUCCUCAUCUACACUAAUAACUUCAUCAUCAGCACGUAAUAAAAAUAAUUAUCCAGUAUACUACGUCACGAGUCCUAACGACGAAAGCCAACAGACACCUGGAAUCAGCGAUAACAAUUCGAUCCUCGAGAAAUCAACAAAAACCGUCUCUCAAAAUAAUGAUACCGAUAGUUAUCCUAUCUAUUAUGUGAGCAGCUAUAACAAUGCCACCACUCAGAAAACACCAGCUCAGAAUAUAACAGCUGGUUCAAUCAAUGGAACUGAUACGUCUGACAAUUAUCCUGUUUACAAUGUGGUCAGCCCUGAAACGAGUAAGGACGGUUUAAGAGAACCAUCGAAUAGCAAGGUUCCCGACUCACCCGUUACUUAUGAAAUAAUAAAUAGCACGUCAACUUCUAAACUGAACGGUAACAAUUCUGUUCCUUCUUCAAUUCCAUUCAAUAAUACCCAGUCUACAGCUAGUAGCAGUAACUAUCCCUCUGCUUCCACAUCAGCGCCGGCAUCACCACCAGCAAAUAGUGCCUAUAACUAUUCAUCUUAUCCUGUGGCUCCUGCUCCCUACAGUACAGGCAGCACAUCAUCCCCUGCAAGUGCUCCUUCUCCAGCAACCUACCAAGGCUACGGAACACCAUCAACCUCAGCAUAUCCAGCGCCAGCGCCAGCUCCAUAUCCUGUGCCAAGCUAUUAUGGCUACUCAGCCAGUCAACCAUCUGCAUCACCAUCAACAGUUCAGUCACCUGCACAGCCUUCAAAUAACUCGUACGCUUCCACAUCUCAAGCUCCAGCCCCAGCCCCAGCCCCAGCCCCAGCCCUAGCUCCGGCUCCGGCUCCGGCUCCGGCUCCAGCCCCAGCACUAGCUCCAUCUUCUUCGUCUCCAUCGACCAUACAGACAUCUGCACUGGCUUCAACCAGCUCCUAUAUUUCCACAAAUCAGUCCUCAGCCCUUGCACCUGCUCCAGCACCAGCUCCACCUCCAGUUCCUGCUUAUCGUCAGACUCCAGCUCCAGCACUGACACCAGCUUCAGCUCCAGCUCCAGCUUCAGCUUCAUCUGCAUCUUCCCCUCAAAUCACCGGCGUGUCAUCUUCUCCUCCUCCUCUUUCAUCAGAAGCCGAGUCCUCCUAUUCUUCAGCUGGAGAUCAGACGUCUUCUUCUGUUCAAGUCUUGAACACUCCUACCUCCCUUUCUAACCUGAGCUCACAAGAAACUCUCAACUCAGAAUACGAAAACGCAUCAUAUGUCAUCGCCACCCCUCCUGAGAAAGAAACGAUUAUGUUUCUUCCUUCUCCUUCUUUUCCCCUGUCUUCACAAGCCACAAAAUCAGCAAGUUCUAAAAACGCAAAAAGUUCGUCAUCCAAACAAAUGAAUCAACCAUCUCUGUUAAAUGCCACUAUUUCUAAACCCCCAGCUCUAGCCAAUACAACAGAGAUCACUGCCAAUCCCACUUCUAAACCACAAGUGCCUCCACCGGCUAUAAACAAUACCAACAUGCAACAAACCUCAAAUGCUUCGCUGUCAGUCGUGCCCCAGAACAUCAGUUUUCCUGCUUUCAGAAAUAUGACGGACAUGUCUAACACAUCUUUUGGUGAACCUAGUUAUAGCCCUCUGCCAGCUCCAACAGACGGACCAAUAAUCGAGAUACCAUUAUCUCCUGAGGAUCAAUUUCAUUCGCCUUCGGUAGUCAAGACGAAACCGCCUCCAUCGCACUUACCGACAAAGCCUCCCCCUGCGGCUCAUUCUGUGCUAGUCACGACAAAACCUCCUGCGGCUGUUGGAGCUCAUGCAACUGGCAAACAUAAGGCGAAUGAGUUGGGCUUUGGCGACAAAUAUUUAGCCUCUCAAAAUAAACGUGCUCGCCAUAGGAACGUAAUAUUCGACGGAAUCGCCGGAGACAGUCAAUCCUUCAGCAACUAUCAAGUAUUCAGUCAGCAUGAUGUAUUCUUCCCAAGAAAUGGUAGGAAACGAAGAAAUGUACCCGUUACUUAAACCUGGUGACUGAAAAGUGUGGAUGAUUUACCGCAGGUCAAACGCAGGAACAAGUAUUUUCAAUGGGAAUCUUAAAUGCUCAAAAGCAACCGCCACGUUUGCAAAGACGUAGAAAAUAAGCAUUGUAAAUAACAUUUCUCAUAAUAUAUGUUUAUAUAUCUCUUCCAGUAUUCUAAAGCGAAUCCGGGAUCUGAUUGGAUGCAGUCCCAGCUAUUUAUAAGCUCAGAGAGCGGAAAAAAACUCAGGUUUUCGCUAAUAAACAUUUAGUAAUAGUCACUACUAACCCGCUUUUGGAAUACAGUACUUGAGAGAAAAAUGGGAAAAACUUAAAAAGUUUCUUUCGAUUUCAGUUCUCUUCCUGAUUAGAGCUAGGGAGAAAAAAUUAAUUCGAAAACGUUUCGGUAAUAUAAUUCUAUGUUUUGAGUCAUUGUCACCAAAGGAAUUUGACGACUAACAGCAUAACUCUAUAUAUGUUUAUUCCGAAAUCUUACUGUUCAACGAUUUUACGAAUGUUAAGAUAUCAAUGAAGCAAAUUAUUUUCGUAGCAACCGUUAAAGUUGAAACACAUUCAAUGGUAAAUUCUGAUUCAUGAAGCACUUUAACCAAGUGCUUCCUUGGGACGUGUAGACUGUAACAAAACUCUGUUCAUCUUUAUCAAGAUACUCUGAAUGUAAAAGAUGAAUUAUCUGUUCCGAAAUGAUGUAUUUCUCUGAACAGAUGUUAGCAAAUGUAUAACCUGUACAAGACGAUCUCAGUAAAUCCCUCAUUACAUUAGAAUCUCGUCUAUGGCUGCCAAACCCCUAUAAUAUAUUCCAUUCUGCUUAUCGAGAAGAUUCUGCUAAUCAAAAAUUCAGGGGAAAUUUUCCUGUCCCAUAAAUGAGCUUCACUCAUAGACAAAAUUUAAUUGUUUCAACAUUUUAAGUUCUUCCUUUUUCGAUUGCGCCACAUUGGUUAACCCAUGCAUUUCCUGGUCAUUAAAGUUGUGAUAUAUUUGAACCAGUCUCCAUAAGUAACAAAAUAAGGUUGUUUAUUCUAUCUCCCUUUGUCAGAAAUUUGAUAUGUACAUGUAUACAUAGUUCAGACAUCACUUGUUGUGGCCACGAUUAUAACUCAUUCAUAUCAAGCGAUUCGUAGCUUCUUCUUUAAUGUUUCCCUGUAGGCAAGACAGUUCAAAAUAUAUUAAAAUAUGUACUUAAAUCAA